GGCAGAGGUGCCCGAUGAGCAGCGAGAUGCCGAAGAAGGGCGGGAAGAAGGCCGGGAAGCUGGCAGCCAUGAGCGAGGAGGAGCGUCUGCUGUUCCUGCAGCAGAAGGCCCUGGCGGAGGAGGAGCUCAGCAAGAGGAAGGAGGACAUGCUGACCCAGUUCCUCAAGGACAAGCUGCAGAAGGAGGAGCGCAGCACUGCAGUGAACCUGGCCAAGCUGACGGUCCAGUGGCGGGCGGUGCUGCGCCGGGCUCGGGCAGAGGAGCUGCGCCGGGACAUUGCUGUGCUCAGCCAGACCUUCGAGAGGGUGCUGGACCGCAAGGACAGCGUCAUCAAGUCCCUGGUGAGCGACCUGAACGAGGCAGAGGAGCAGUCCGCCAAGGCCCUGCGCUCCCAGCUGCGGUGUGUGGACCGGCUGCUGCAGCUGCAGCGGGGGCGGCUGCAGGCACUCGAGCAGCACUGGGACAGCGAGCUGGAGGCUCUGAGCGCAGAGUUCAACACCGAGAGGGAGCUGAUCAUGGCCCAGCAGCAGCAGGAGUGCUCCUACCUGGAGGAUGUGAUGUUCUCCAUGGAGCAGAACUUUGCCGAGCUGGACAGCGAUGCGCGGCAGGACUAUCAGAGCACGCGUGACGAGAUCAAGAACAAGAACAUUGAGGAGAAGCAUGCCCUGCGCAUUCAGCUAGAGGGCGCCGUGGAGGAACUGUGGCGGCAGUUCCAGCAGGCCCUGCGCAACUACAACGAGGCCACAGAAGACCGGCGAAUCGCCUUCGAGGCUCUGCGCGCCCGAGACCAGCGCAGCGCCCAGGAGAUCGACGCUCAGAUGAAGAGGCUGCAGAAGAUGCAGGACUCGAUUUCAGCCCUGCGCUCACGCCUUGCAUCCAGCCAGCGUGAGAGUGAGGAGGCGGGCCGUGCCCUGCGGGCCGCGCGGGAGGAGGUCCAGUGCCAGGCCCGUCAGCUCAAGGCCCAGCUGAGCCGUGCCCGCGCACGUGAGAGGAGCCAGUUGGCCACACUCACCGUGCACAGUGCUGCUGCCACCAAGAAACUGCAGCACAUCAUUCACAAGGGGGAGCGACUGCUCAGACUGACAGAGAUGUGCAGGAAGCUGGAGACAGAGCAGGAGAAGGUGCUGCCGUUCUACCCCUCCUCCCUGAGCGCUGAGGAGCAGAGCCAGGAGAGAGCUGCUGCUAUGGAGCCCCCUUCCGAGCAGCUGGCAAAGGCCAUGCUGGAUUACUCGGAUCUAGAGGGCUUCUGGCAGCGCUAUAACAAGGUUCUGCUGGACCGGCUGGCCCUGGAGCGUGAGCGGGCGGCCCUGGCAGGGGAGAAUGGGCAGCUGCGUGCCCUGCUGAAACAGUACCUGGAUGGCAUCUCCGUCAGCGACGAGAUCCUGCGCCAGCACAACCCGCUGCUCAUCGUCAGUCGCCACGGCCCGGUGCCCCCAGCCGCCCCGCCGGUCUCCGAGCCCCGCGUCGCCCGGCCGGCCCACACCGUCAUCGAGGCUGCACACAUCGUGCAGCGCACCCUGUAGGGCGCAGACAGAGGCGCGUGUGCCCGCCCUCCGCGCAGGCCACUGGUGAGGCCCUGCAAAUGUGCCGUUGGAUCCAGACAAAUGACCGACUUGGCUGUUGGCCUGCUCCUUCAAAAUGUCAAUCAAGCCAUAACGAGUCAAACACUGCUGUUGCCGUCCUCUGCCCAAAUUCAGCGAGACGGGUCUGACCCAAUCUGCACAAAACACAUUAGUUCUGUAGACCUUCCGUACUUAAAUCAACAGAGCUGCUAGCUUCAGUGUUUUGAAUGCUGCGUAUAGCACCCUCGAACGCAACAAACACUUGACAGGAAAACUAAGGGAACGUUUGUUUAGGUAUGCAACUGGCUGCUGGUGUUUAAUUAAUCAAUAAAACCCUGUAAUCAUAAGUAACCAAAA